CAGGCAUAAUGUCCAGUCAACACUACUGUCUACGAUGGAACAAUUACCAGGACAACAUGACAUCAGUGUUCCACGAGCUUCUGCAAACCGAAGCUUUCGUGGAUGUUACAUUAGCUUGUAAUGAUGUUUCUUUGAAAGCACACAAGGUGGUGCUAUCAGCAUGUUCAUCUUACUUCCAAAAAUUGUUGAUGGAGAAUCCUUGCAAACAUCCCACCAUCAUAAUGCCUCAGGAUGUAUGCUUCGGCGACCUCAAAUUCAUCAUCGAUUUUGUGUACAAAGGUGAAAUAGACGUGUCACAAGCAGAGCUAGAGUUGUCUGGCCCAGAAUAAAGUGUGAACCUCUUCGAAGCACAACACAAAAUAUAAUGCCACAAGUUCAUAUGAAAAAUGUUCUAGAGACUCCCCUUCAGGUAUACAAGCCCCUAAAGAAUCCCA